AUGGGGAAAGCUGGCGACAAACCUACCAAGCCAUGUAAAAAACCGUACGAAGAAAUCGGUGCUAUAUUUAACGGAAAUGAGGUAAAAAUUAGAAUUCCAAAAAGCACUUCGAAGCCACCAAAGCUGACGCCUUCUCAGUUAAAACUGCAAAAUCAAUGCACUUGUGAUGAUGACAGCUCGGUGUGCUCUGAUACGUGUGGGUUCCCUGGAGAUGACGGCGGACCUGCGAACAGGCUGAAUUUCCAAAUACCUGAUGAUAUAUGCGAGGCACUCACUAACAGAACAGCACUUAACUCAGAAUUGAUUUAUAGUAAGAAAGAAGCUCACGAUACUCUUUGUAAUACAUGCAAUGUGACCCCCAGUAAUGCUCCAAAGGGUGUAAAAGCGCAAAAAAUUCUUCAUCCCGAUAAAGAUGUAUUUCUACUUAAAAUUGGCAAGCAGACAGAUGAACCUAAUCGCACGGGGAAUAUUGAGGUAGAACUAGUUACACCCAGAGCUCCUGCCAAACCAAAACCGCUCACGCACUUUUGUAAACAAAUUCAAUGCGAGGAAAAUGAUCUACCUUGUUGCAUGCCUUGCCGUGCUUGUCGCGGCGUGUACCCCAAAAAAAGAAAAUAUAAUAGAUCCAAA